AGCUGGGCUCCAACCGCUUUAUCCUCCGUGAGAUCUCCAAAGUCAGUCGUCUUCUUCAGAAGCUCUGAUGAUUGAAAUGGCGAAUGAACCCAAGAAAGUGAUCAUUGACACUGAUCCCGGCAUCGAUGAUGCCAUGGCAAUAUUUCUGGCCCUGCAAUCUCCAGAGGUGAAUGUGAUUGGCCUAACUACCAUUUAUGGCAAUGUUCACACUUCUCUUGCCACCAGAAAUGCCUUACAUUUGCUGGAGGUAGCUGGGAGGACAGACAUUCCAGUGGCUGAAGGGUCUCAUGUCACAGUUACUAAUGGUACGAAGCUUAGAAUUGCGGAUUUUGUUCAUGGUACGGAUGGACUUGGGAACCAAAAUAUUCCCACACCAGAAAGAAAGCCCAUUGAGCAGAAUGCUGCUGAUUUUCUUAUCCACCAAACACAGCUUUACCCAGGAAAAGUCACUGUUGUGGCAUUAGGCCCUUUGACAAACAUUGCACUGGCUAUCCAAAAAGAUUCAGCAUUUGUUAAAAACGUUGGCCAAAUUGUUGUUCUUGGUGGUGCGUUCGCAGUAAAUGGAAAUGUGAAUCCAGCAUCCGAAGCAAAUAUUUAUGGAGAUCCGGAGGCAGCAGAUACAGUCUUCACAAGCGGUGCAGAUAUUGUGGCUGUCGGUAUAAAUGUCACACAUCAGGUUGUUCUUACAGACGCGGAUCGCCAUAAGCUGGCAGAGUCAAAUGGAAAGUUUGCUAAAUACAUAAACAAGAUUUUGGAUGUGUAUUUCGCUUAUCACCAUGAUGCCUACAACAUAAAAGGUGUAUACCUUCAUGAUCCAACAACCAUGGUUCUUGCUGUUGAUCCUUCACUGUUCACCUACACGGAAGGAGUUGUUCGAGUCCAAACCAGUGGCAUUACUCGGGGUCUCACACUGUUUUACAACAAACAGAAAAGGUUUGCGGAAGUAACUGAUUGGUCUGGCAUACCAUCGGUCAAAGUGGCGGUUACCGUCGAUGCUCCCGACGUUGUGAAGUUGGUCAUGGAGCGGCUGAUGAAGUCUUGAAUCUGGCACUUGCCCUCUCUACUUGUGUUAGCUGUUUUGUUGAUGCUUGAUGUAAAAAUAACUCUCUGGGAAUAGCGGUUAGGAGGUAAAAAGAGUUACAGGGACAUGUGUUAUCAUUUUCUAUGUGUUAAUAAUAACAAUGUUGUAAUUACAAUUUAAGAUACCAUUACAUAAAACUACAGCGAAACUAAAAUGACUUUUACUCA